AUGAUCCAAUUCAUCCUCCUCAUCAGUCGACAAGGGAAGACCCGGCUCAAGAAGUGGUUUGUGCCCUGUGCAGAGCGAGAUCAGUUUAGGACUAUCAAGGAGGUGAGCAGUCUAAUUCUCAACAGAUCUCCAAAGGUCUGCAACUUCUUGGAGUGGCGGGACUACAAGCUGUGCUACAAGCGCUACGCCAGCCUCUUCUUCAUUGCGUGUGUGGAGAACACGGACAACGAGCUUCUUGCUCUUGAAACCGUCCAUCAUUUCGUAGAGUGCCUUGACCGGUACUUCGGCAAUGUCUGUGAGCUGGACCUCAUCUUCAACUUUCACAAGGCGUGGGAGAUUUAA